AUGUCGACGCGGAUGUUGGCCACACCAUCUUACAUUUCCUAUACAAAGGGAAAUAUGAAACAGUCUUUCGAGCGGAAAAUCAAAGAAAGACACGAAGUUGAGCUUGAAUAUGAGAGAAGCGUCCAGGUUUACUAUGCCGCCAGGAAGUAUAAUAUAGAGGGCCUCGAUACGCUUGCCCAAAACUACAUCUUGGCUCUCGGUGAAACCCUGUCAAUUUUCCAGAUCCUACGAUCAGCCAGAUCGGUAUUCUCAAAAUUGCCUGAGAAUGAAGAAUGGUUUCAUCGCUAUUUAGACUCCAAACUUUCUAGCAGCUUUGCAGAGGAUGAGACAACAUUUCAACUGGACGAGUUCUACAAGGAAAUCGUGGAUGAUCCAGCAUUCAGCAAAGCUGUAGUGAAAAUUAUAAUCAAAGCCUUCAUUACCGAGACCUCACGCUUGCGGAACAUUCUUACAGUUACCGGCGGCGGCAGUGAGACGAAGGAUGAUGGCGAGCCUUCGUGUGAACCGUCGUUUGCAGUACCCCAGUCUGAGCCUACCGAAAACCACAACGGAGAACAUUGUCUUGAAGUGCUAUCCACAGAAUAUAGCCCUGCAAUUAACUCAUCUCCAUCCGCUUCUGAUCGGAACCGUCCGUGUGGUGAGCCCGCAAUUGAGCUCCUUCCAGUUGAUUGCGAAGAGGCCAACUCAGAAGUUCACUACAGUCACGAGAAUGGUGGUGAUUGGGGUUGGGGCUUUAGAGGAUCAGACGCGACGAAGAAGAACAAGAAGCGGCCAUGUAAGCAGCAAGUUGGGUGUGACUGA